AUGUCUCAGCCUGGACCGUCCUUGGAUCCGGUAGAUUUCGCGGGGCUAGCGACGAUCAGUGAUGACGUGCCACGCAUUUUGUUGAAUGGCGAAACGAGCGAUGUCCAGUUCGCGGUGGGACGGGAUUAUGGUACCGUGAAGAUCAUUCCAGCUCACAGAAGCGCCCUGAGUGCCCGCAGCGCAGUGUUCCAGGCGAUGUUCUACGGCAGUUUACCGGAGAGCGGCGCAACACCCAUCGACAUUCCGGACAUCCACCCUGAGGCCUUCGCUAAUAUGCUCAGCUAUAUCUACACCGAUGUGGUGAAUCUCACCUUGGAUACCGUCUUCCCCACAAUGGCCUGCGCAGAUAAAUACGACGUGCCCCAGUUGGUGGUCAAGUGCGCUGAUUUUGUUCUGAAUGAGCUCAACGAUAACAACUGCCUGGAUAUGCUGGAAACUGCGAUCUUCUACGCCAGCGCAGCGCCGAGCAUCCUGGCAAAGUGCUUAUCCCUGAUCGACGAUUCAGCAGAACUAUCUGGGAAUCGGAGCAGUUCUGUACACUUGGAGAGCAGGCGCUACGCAUCAUUCUUCAACGGGAUACGCUGA